UCGGGGUCGUCGUCUUCUUCUUCCUCCUCUCGCUAGCUACCUGCCGUUUUCAUUUCCCUACCAUACGUUGGGGUUUUCUCCGGCUGCUCCUCCGUGUGGCCAGUUGUCCUCAUCUUCCUCCUCCUCUCUCCUUGUUGCCGCGAAGAGGAUAGAUAACCCAUAGUCCCGUACGCUUCUCUUUCUCUCUCUCUCUCUCUCUCUUUCCUCUCCACUUUGAAUCAAUCAAAACGGAGAAGAAGAAGAAGAAGAAGAAGAAGAAGAAGAAGAAGACAUCAAGAACACGUGGAGCAGAAGCUUCUCUGCCGGCUUCUAUCGUAGCUCUCAAGGAUAAAGAAAAUCUGCUGCAGAGGUACAAGAUCUAGUGGCAGAACAUGAUGAGCAAUCUUAAGCUUGGGGUGGAGGUUACCAGUGCUCAUGACCUCCUACCAAAAGAGCAGGGCACAUGCAACCCCUAUGUCGAGAUCGAAUUCGAUGACCAGAAGUUCCGCACAGCCAUCAAAGAGAGGGAUAUCAACCCUGUCUGGAACGAGCAGUUCUACUUCAACAUAUCUGAUCCAUCCCGCCUCACUGAGAAAGACCUCGAGGCGUAUGUGUACCACGCAAACCGCGCCAGCAAUUCCAAGACUUGCCUUGGCAAGGUUCGGAUCUCCGGUACAUCCUUUGUCAGCCACUCAGAUGCCACACCUCUUCACUACCCCCUGGAGAAGCGCACGAUCUUAUCCCGUGCUCGUGGUGAGCUCGGUCUCAGGGUGUUCCUUACAGAUGAUCCAUCAGUCAGAGUGUCCGCUCCUGGUCAGGAGUUCGACUUCAUAAGCACGCCUACGACUGCCCAAGAGCAGGUAGCCGCCAAUGCCAUUCCAAAUCCUUUCCAGGAGACCAGAGCAGAUCAAGUGAGGCAAUUCCAACACUUACCAAAAGAACAGCACCAGCACCGUCCGCAGCCAAUGACUGCGCAGCCAUACUACCCUGAAAGUUCAUACGGACAACAGCAACAGAAAACCUACUCUGCUGUCGGGAACAAAGCUGAAGGUCCUCCACCUCCAGUCAUGAGGAUGUAUGCUCAAGGUCCACAGCAGCAGCCUGUAGAAUUCCAGCUGAAGGAAACAAGCCCAACACUUGGUGGCGGACGUGUUAUUGGCGGCCGGGUGAUCCCCGGUGAAAAGGCAGGGGCAUACGACCUUGUUGAGAAGAUGCAGUACCUAUUUGUGCGUGUGGUUAAGGCCCGUGAUCUGCCCCACAUGGACAUCACUGGGAGUCUUGAUCCUUAUGUUGAGGUGCACCUCGGAAACUACAAAAUGAAGACAAGGCACUUUGAGAAGAACCAGAGGCCUGAGUGGGAUGAGGUGUUUGCUUUCCCUAGGGAAGUAAUGCAGUCAACGUCACUUGAAGUUAUUGUGAAGGAUAAGGACUUCAUUCGGGAUGAUUAUGUUGGCCGGGUGUCAAUAGAUCUAAAUGAGGUACCACUAAGGGUCCCUCCUGACAGCCCAUUGGCACCAGAGUGGUAUCGACUUGUGGGGAAGGAAGGGCACAGGGAUAAAGGGGAGCUGAUGCUCGCUGUCUGGUAUGGAACUCAAGCAGAUGAGUGCUUCCCAAGUGCCAUCCACGCAGGAUCAGAACCAAUUGAUUCCCAUCUUCACAACUACAUCCGUGGGAAGGUCUACCCUGUACCCAGAAUGUGGUAUGUGAGGGUCAAUGUAAUUGGGGCACAGGAUAUAUUUCCAAUGGAGAACCACAUACCUGAUGUAUUUGUUAAGGUGAGGCUGGGCCACCAAAUGCUGAAGACAAGGCCAGCUCGCUCACCAACCAGAAACUUCAUGUGGAAUGAGGAGAUGAUGUUUGUCGCGGCAGAGCCUUUCGAGGAGGACUUGAUCAUACAAAUAGAGGAUCGAGUUGCUCAGAACAAGGAUGAAGUGAUUGGUGAAACUAUGAUACCUCUCGCAAGGCUUCCAAGGAGGGCUGACCAUAAGCCAGUGCUGCCAGCAUGGUUUGAUCUCAGAAGGCCAGGACUGAUUGAUCUGAACCAACUAAAGGAAGAUAAAUUCUAUGCAAAGGUGCAACUUCGUAUUUGCCUUGAAGGUGGUUACCAUGUGCUCGAUGAGUCCACACAGUACUGUAGCGAUCUCCGGCCAACAAUGAAGCAGCUGUGGAAACCACCAAUCGGUCUGCUUGAAGUUGGCAUUCUAAGUGCAAAUGGGCUCAAUCCAACAAAGACCAAGCAUGAGCGGGGGUCAUGCGAUGCAUAUUGUGUUGCCAAGUAUGGUCAGAAAUGGGUGCGGACACGUACUAUUGUUGACAACUUGAACCCUAGAUUCAAUGAACAGUACACAUGGGAUGUCUUCGACCAUGGAACAGUGCUCACCAUUGGUUUAUUUGACAACUGCCACAUAUCUGCAGACAGCAACCACAGUAGUUCCCCCGGCCAUAUGGACAAGCCCAUCGGGAAAGUGCGAAUUCGGCUUUCAACUCUUGAGACUGGGAGGGUGUACACACACACGUAUCCAUUACUUGUCCUCCACCCAUCAGGAGUUAAGAAAAUGGGAGAACUCCACCUGGCCAUCAGGUUCACAGCCACAUCCCUUCUCAAUGUGCUCUUCACAUAUUCUCGGCCCCUCUUGCCCAAGAUGCAUUACGCGCAACCACUGUCAAUAGUGCAGCAGGAAAUGCUCCGCCACCAAGCUGUGCAACUUGUCGCACAGCGUCUAGGGCGCAUGGAGCCACCAGUUCGCAGGGAAGUUGUUGAGUUCAUGUCAGAUGCCCGCUCACACCUGUGGAGCAUGCGGCGAAGCAAGGCUAACUUCUUCCGUCUUAUGCAAGUCUUCUCCGGAUUCAUUGCUGCAGGAAAGUGGUUUGGCGACGUUUGUCAGUGGAAAAACCCAGUCACAACAGUUUUAGUUCAUGUGCUAUUUAUCAUGCUUGUCUUCUACCCAGACCUUAUCCUCCCAACAAUCUUCCUCUACAUGUUCUUGAUAGGAUUGUGGAAUUACCGGUUCCGGCCGCGUUUCCCACCUCAUAUGAACACAAGGAUAUCUCAUGCCGAUAUGACAAACCCAGAUGAGCUUGAUGAAGAAUUUGAUACAUUCCCAACAUCAAAGAGUCCAGAUCUGGUUAGGAUGAGGUAUGACAGGCUACGGCAUGUUGCUGGGAGGAUACAGACAGUUGUUGGGGACAUUGCAACUCAAGGAGAGAGGCUGCAGUCGCUGCUCAGCUGGAGGGAUCCAAGGGCAACAUCUAUGUUCCUAUUGUUUUGCCUGCUUACUGCAGUUAUCUUGUAUGUGACACCAUUCCAAGUGAUUGCACUCUGCCUUGGUUUCUUCUGGAUGAGGCACCCACGGUUUCGUCAUAAGGUUCCAUCGGCACCUGUGAACUUCUUCAGGAGGCUACCUGCAAAGACAGAUUCUUUGCUAUAAAUAUUUUCAGAGAUCAAUAUCCAAUUGUGUAUUUAUUUUUUGUUUUUCAGUAUAUUGUUGUAUGAUAGCAUUAAGGGAAAUACAUUAAUAUUUGUAAUUGUUGCUUCAUCUGAGAGGAUAAAAUAAGUCCAGUUCAACAGAUAAUUUUCUUGACUUGAUAUUGAAAUUCAAAUUGCAUACUA